AUGGUUAUUCCUGACCACACCAAAAUUGCUCCUGUAUCGUCACUUAUUAAUAAAUUUGAACAAAACCCGGACGAAGCGUCUAGUCAACCAAAUUCUCGAGCUCGUAGUCCUAAUCCUGGAAAGAUAGUUCAUGGUUAUGAAGGUAAAACAACUGAAGAGACUAGUAUUACGACUACGACCGAGAAAAAAACCGAACCAAAAGCAGAACCAAUUAUCGAAACUGUUCAAACGAGCGAAACUGUUGUUGUAACUGAAACUCUUAAUGGUGAAGAAGAAAAAGUUAAUGAAGAAAAGAGUCAAGAGACGGAAGUACCUGUUGUUAUAGAAGAUAAACAAGAAUUAAAAGAAGAAAAUCAGGAGGAACAACAUAAUGUAGAAAUUACUGUAACGGAUAAUGAUACCAAAGCUGCAACUGCUACUACUGCAACAAACACCGCUUCUGAAAAGAAUGUAAAGAAAACUGGUACCACCGCUAAAAAGACUGUCAAACAUCCUAGUUCUACCAUUCCUACUAAAACUACAACUGCGAAAAAAACAUCAACAGUUCAUACUUCAUCCGAUAAAAGUAAAUUAUCAACUGGUAAUAGUUCAUCAGCUGUUCGUUCCAAAUCUCCUGUAGGAAGAACAACAACCGCUUCGGCUACCAAGACUAAACCAUCCACCACUCCAAGUACCAGACAACCAAUAAAACCUUCACAAGCUAAAACUCCUGCUACUGAAAAAACUAAACCAACUGUAACGAAAACAGCUACCACAAAACCUAUUGUUAAGCCUCCUGCUCCAAAGACUACUCCUGUUACUGUCAAUACUACAGCUUCAGAGAAAAAAACAUCUGUUACUAAAGUUCCUGGAAAAGUUACAAAGAAUACUCCAGCUUCUAAAACGAUUAAAAAACCAGCUACAGAUAAGAAAGUUCCUCCUGAAAAAAAAGCAGCUUCUAAAGAAACUAUUCAAUCAGAAGAAACUACUCAAUCAGAAGGUGCCACUCAAUCAGAGAGUCCUACUCAAUCAGAUGGUGUUACUCAAUCAGAUGAAGUUGUCCAAUUAGAAGAAACUGAUGUUAAAUCCGAAAGUUCAAAAGAUAAUGAGAUCGUUGAAGAACAUGAAUCAAGCGAACCAUGUGAAGAAGAAGUUCACGAAAAAGAAUCGUCAGAAAAGGAAUUCCAUGAAAAUCAGAAUGAAAUUUCAGUUACUGUGUCUCAUGAUGAAAUUUCAGUUACUGAGUCUCAUGAUGAAGUUUUGGUUACCGAGUCGGAAGAUAAAUCUCACGUUGAAGCUAUAGGAGAGACUCAUGAAAAUGAUGUCGAAGUUCCCGAAGAAUCUCCUGCUAUAGAUCAUGAAGAGUCGGUAGCUGAAACUGACCAAGUUACUGAAUUUCAAACGGAAACUAUCGAGAAAUCUACCGAUUUAACGGCUACAGAAUCUCUUUCGCAACCAAAACAUAUAGACGAUAUCGUUGAAGUUGUGACUGUUGAAACUGUUGAAAUCGAGAAAGAACCAUAA